UUAGUAGUCAACUGAUUGCAAGGAGCCAACAGGAGGGGGUGUCUGUGCUCGGAGGAGGGAAGCAGUUCCGAUUUCAAACAAAAACAAGAAGACUUAGAAGAGAGUGGGUUAGACUUCUGGACUCAGGAAUUCCCCACAAAAAAGUCGAAGAAUAAAAAAAUCUCAACAGAAAAUAUGCCCAGGUCGAAUCGGCAAAGGGAAUACAAGCCUGGCGAUCUGGUGUUUGCAAAAAUGAAGGGCUAUCCACACUGGCCAGCAAGGAUCGACGAACUUCCCGAAGGCGCGGUGAAGUCCCCCUCCAACAAGUACCAAGUGUUCUUCUUCGGGACCCACGAGACGGCGUUCCUGGGCCCCAAGGACCUGUUCCCGUACGAGGAGUGCAAGGAGAAGUUUGGGAAGCCCACCAAGAGGAAAGGCUUCAGCGAUGGGUUGUGGGAGAUCGAGAACAACCCCACGGUGAAGGCCGCAGGAUACGAGCCGGAGAAGAAGGAGCCCCCAGCGAAGGGGGCGGGGCGAGCCGGCCGGCGGUCCCGGCGAGAGGGGGGCGGUGGUGAGGGCAGCAGCGACGAGGGCGAGGGGAACCUGGUCAUCGACGAAAAGAACGAGAAGGGAGCCGGCAAGAGGAAGGCGGAGGACUCGCUGGAGGCCUCUCCGAAACGACCCAAGGACGGGGAAGCCGAGGGCGAAACGAAGCCGGACGGAAAGAAGUCCGACGCUCCGGGGGCGGGCGGGGCGCUAAAGGCCAAUGACAGCGCAGGGGCGGGGCUACCGGUCGGCCCACCCACCAACGCGGCUCCGCCCCCUGCUGUGGCUCCGCCCAGCGAACUGAAGUCGGGGGGUCAGGCCAACCCACCAACCGACGGGCAAUUGACAGCGGAGAAGGCUUUGACGGACAGCGCUUAACACCCUCAGAAGGUCUGAGACCCCGCCCCCUGGCCCCGCCCCCCCCCGUCCCAGAGCUACAAAGAGUUUUUCGAGACUGAGCAUUGAAUGAAAAUAAUUUAGCAGAAUUUCUAGGUUUCUGCAGUUUAAAUAAUGGAGACACUUUUUGAAGAACUUAAAUAUUAAGGAAAGAGAACACAAAACUCGUACGCCAGUAUUGGAUGUUGUUAAUCUGGGAUACAAUUAAGCAGAGUUGCAGAGACCAGAUCAAAUUCACUAGUGCUGAAUGUUUUAGGCUUGCGGGGGGGGGGGGGGAUAGGGGUGUUUUAAAAAAAGAAAAAGUGCAAUUACAAAGUCUGGCCACUUGGUGAUAACGAAAGAUUAAUUUAAAUAUGAAACACACGCUUGGUUCUCUUUUCAGAUGUUAAUUUGAAAGAAUAAAAGUUCAGUAUUUCAGCGACAGAACUAGUAAUGUUAAUCCAUUGGAAGAGGAAAAUAAUCACUCCAUCGCAUACUCAAUUCAGAUCUGUCUUUAGUUUCACUCUGUUAGUUUGAUAUAUAUUUGCUAAUUGCUGUAUGUUGUUGGGCUUCAUGAAAAAAAGAAAAUAUGAACAAGCCUGCAAAAGCAUUCUGGGGUUCAAGAUGUACACAUAUUAUCUUAAUUUUAUUCCCUUCUUUUGACCCAAUUUGGGUUAAAAUGAUUUAUUUUCUUACGGAUUAUGUUCUGCACAGCAUUCUAAUUGUUUUUGCUUUAACUGUGCAUAGCUUUAUAUACACCUGUCAGACUGUGUUGUUGAUAUUAAGAUUACGAUAUUAAGUGACAUGCUAGAGCUGACCAAAUGUUUCAAGAUGUGUGUCACCAAAUGACAACUCGCUCCCACUGAUAUUAAAUAUUGUUAUUGAAUGUUGCAAGGUUACUGGAAAAGUGCUCUAUAAUAUUUUAUUUCAUUUAUUGAUAUUUAAGAGGUUAAACCCAACUGCCACCCCCCCCCCCCCCCCCCCAAACUCAAACUCUUAAGAAGUCAGUAAUGUACGUGGAUUCAAUCAAAUGAUAUGAGCAAGUGCAAAGACUUUUUUGAUAAAAGUAAGCUAACACAUUCCUGGAUGUUGCAUUUAAGGCUUGAGAGUUGCCCCAUGGGUGCAAAGUUAAAGUUUAUGGUGCAGCAAAAUGAACACCAAACUUAAAAAUAAAAAAACAAUAAAGUUAUAUUUUUAUUUUUUUGGGAUAUACAGUUACUGUGUAUCCUUUUUGUUUGUUUGUUUUUUGUUUUUGGCACAGUGUGGCCCUAUUGAGAAUAGUGGCUUGAUAAGUGAGAUCUUACAAGUGACUUUCCCCAUACAGAAUCCCUGAUAGAAGCUGACAUCACUAAACGUUACUUUGCUGUUGACUGAUGGGAUUUGUAGUUCUUUUUGUAGACGCCAUUUUAAAAGUGCUCUGAAGUGAACCUGCACUAACCUUUGGGGCUGAAGUGAUCCCGUUUUAUAACCGAGAUAUUGAUAACCACAAAGCCAAAGCUGUCAUCCUGUUUUAUUUUUCAUUUUUUUUGCAUACUAAACAAAAAAAGGUGACAAAAAUCGAAUCGAAGUGUCUUAAGUGUUUAUGUAUUCUCAAUAUGAGAAGUGCCCUCUGGUUGGGUAAAGUUGUCUUAUCGUUGUGACUGGAGAACUAAAUUUUUUCGUUGGCGUUUCCCUGAUGUAACAUGCACUUACUGUUGCUUUAAAUUGUGUGAUUAUGUUUGGUUCCGAGUCCACGAGUUCCUCCCUGGAUGUUGCCUGGAUUGUACUGAAAUGUGCCUAUCCCAUUUUAAACCACACGUUUGACUGAGGCUUUCAUUGAAGUUCAUUUCAACACUGCUUUCACCCACCGCCCACACCCCGUCAAUCUUUCACUUUAUAUAAUGACUGACCGCAUGACUUUUCCCCCCCUUCCCUGAAACGUAUUGAGACAUGUAAUGCCUUUGUUUUUGUUGUUGUUGCCUGAUCAUUGAUCAUGAUCACCCCACACCCCCAUCCCUACCCCAUUCACAUCUUCCCAAUAAAAUCUUUGUAGAGUAGUUGGGUGAGAAAUUCAGACAUAAAACACCUUUCCUUUUUCUUUUUUCCUCUCUUCACGCAGAUUGAUACUCAGCUAUGCUCUAAGCCUAGUUCUGCUGUAGCCUUCAGUCCAUUUGGUUAAAACAAUAAACAAGUUGAUUAUAAAAAAAAA